AAAAGCCACAAUGCGCAGGCGUCGUUGCUCACUUUUCCUCGCCCGGUUUCCGCAACACCUGACGCCUGCGCAAUAAGUCAACUGGGUGUAUUGUGGCGGCGGUCCGGGUAGGUAGUGGUCGUGCCGCGCGCCGCCGGGUCGUUACAGCGAGGCGCAGGUGGUCCCUCCGGCCGGCCGCACGGGUGUGCCUUGGUUCACCAGACCCGGGAAGGGCUGUGAGCAGCCACCAUGUCGAUCUUCACCCCCACCAACCAGAUCCGCCUAACCAAUGUGGCCGUGGUACGGAUGAAGCGCGCCGGGAAGCGCUUCGAAAUCGCCUGCUACAAGAACAAAGUCGUUGGCUGGCGGAGCGGCGUGGAAAAAGACCUUGAUGAAGUUCUACAGACCCACUCAGUGUUUGUAAAUGUUUCUAAAGGUCAAGUUGCAAAGAAGGAAGAUCUGAUCAGUGCAUUUGGAACAGAUGACCAGACAGAAAUCUGUAAGCAGAUUUUGACUAAAGGAGAGGUUCAAGUAUCAGAUAAAGAACGGCAUACACAGCUGGAGCAGAUGUUCAGGGACAUUGCAACCAUUGUGGCCGACAAGUGUGUGAACCCUGAAACAAAGAGACCAUACACUGUUAUCCUUAUAGAGAGAGCCAUGAAGGACAUCCACUAUUCAGUCAAAACCAAUAAAAGUACAAAACAGCAGGCUUUGGAAGUGAUAAAGCAGUUAAAGGAGAAGAUGAAGAUCGAACGUGCUCACAUGAGACUUCGGUUCCUUCUUCCAGUGAAUGAAGGGAAGAAGCUGAAAGAAAAGCUGAAGCCCCUAAUCAAGGUUAUAGAAAGCGAAGACUACAGUCAGCAGUUAGAAAUUGUGUGUCUGAUUGACCCAGGCUGCUUCAGAGAAAUCGAUGAGCUCAUAAAAAAGGAGACAAAAGGCAAAGGUUCUCUGGAAGUGCUCAACCUGAAGGACGUGGAAGAAGGGGAUGAGAAAUUUGAAUGACGCCCGUCAAGCUCUUCAGCUCUAAAACACUAAAGCGUUUUCUUUUCCCACGGUCCUCUUUCCUUUCUGCAGUCUGCCAAACACUUGCUCGGACUGUUUGACGUUUUCCAUCUUUGUGGUAAUGUGUACACAAAAAGACUUUUCUGAUAAAGUAUCACACUGUGGGAUUCAUGUAGUUUAACGAUAAAGCGGGGCCUGGGACAAAAAUGAAAAAUCCAGGAUACAAAGGGCAGAGUAGCGUUUUGCUGCUGUCUCUUGACUUGCACUUUCCAACAUGCACGUUAUCUUGGGGGUGAAAAGUUAAGCUUUGUAUAUUAAGAUAAAUGUGAGAAGAUAGGACGAUGUGACAAAAGGGGUAUUUGCUGAAGAAAACAUAAUGUCUUAUUUCUACUUAAUGAAACGUGUGGCCUGAUACAAAGCUUGGGUGGUGACUUCCUGAUUUUGUGAAAAAUAGAUCUAGGACCACUGUGUGGGGCUGAAGUAAGAUUCGCGUAACAUAUGGCCGUACCCUAGACUAUUCUCGGUAAAGAAUAAAGUCAUUGGUUUCUAAUCCUUAAAGUUUAUAAUAUAUAUUAAUGUAGCUGCAAUUAUAUGUUAUCAAUAAAACCACUCUUUAUUUUUAUUAAACCAUGGCUUGUGUUUCUAGACAGCUUCCAAGCUCCCUUCUUUUCUCUGCCUGUUGUCUGGUAGGGUUGGAGAGUUCGCAGCAGGACUAAAUAAGCCCCAUGAGGAGUGGGUAGAACAGAGCCUGUUCUGCUGAACACCUGAUAAAUCUUAGUGAUUUGGGAUAUAAUUGAAUGUAACUAUUUUAGUACUUAAAUGGACAACAUGCAAGUUGUUUUCAAUCUGCUUAUCUUCAAAAAGAUAUUCUAGAACAUAAAUUAGGGUUUCAUUCAAAAUUAACAUGCAAGGGCACCUGGCUGGCUCAGUCAGUUAAGCCUCUGACUCUUGACCUCAGGGGCAUGACUUUGAACCCUGCAUUGGGCUCCACGCUGGGUGUGAAGCCUACCUAAAAAAAAAAAAAAAAAAAACAAAUUUAACAUACAAACGUAUUUUAUGGAUAGAAGUUUUUAACUAGAAGAGGUUUUGACUUGAAAACCCCAGAUGGGUUUUAUACGCGUUCAGAAUUCAUUGCUAAUAGAAGUUCACAGAAAUGGACCGUUUUAAAAUAAUUCCAAUCAAAAUUAUGAAGUCAAAAUUGUUUCUUACAGUGUUAGAAGUACUCCUGCUUGAUAACUUGGGAACACAACGCUUUCUGUGGUGCUGAAAUUGAAUUACUGUUUUAAUACCAAUCCUUAAGAUGGCCCUCACUGGUUCCAUUUUACUGGUGCAUUUUGUUUCAUGAAGACAAUCUAAACUCAAUCCCAAGGGAAGAUUUUAAGUAGUCAGGUUUACACUUUAUCUCCAGCUUAGACAGUUAAAGCGGUGUUGCAGAUUGGAAGUCCUGGUCACUGGAAGUGUUCAUUAGCUGCACCUUGAGCAGGAAAGUUAGAACGUUGCCGUAAGUUUUUCUCAUUCUCAUUACUGAUCUCCUAAAAAGCUGGAACCUCUAGAAAUGUCAAAUGCAGAUCACAUGUGAGCCAUGCUUCUGAACCUAUAGAAAAUAAAAGAUUUUUACCUUA